GAAACAGUGCGACACCCGUCGAACAGCAGCGAGAUUAAACAAAAAAAUAAAUUAAGGCUCGCGACCAGUGUUGCAGACCAAACGGCCCCCCUGCUUUCAUUGUGCAUGCAUCAUUUUGGAGUGUCAGCAGAGAUUCAAUGAUUGAAGAAACUUGAAAAAGUGGACGCCUGCUUUCUAUUGGCUGUGUGAGGACUGGUCACGGUGCACUGUGCAGGUACAUUUGGGCUGAUCUCAGGGUCGGCACCUGUGCGCUCCACUGAGUGCCGUUUGAAGCUUUGGGAAGACAGACGUUGCGGGUCAUGGGAGGUCACUGUGGUGGUGCCGGACGAGCUGCGAGAAUGAGGAGGCAGAAACAUAAAGAUGGCGUCCGUCCAGUCUCUCUGUGUCACCAGCCGCCAUUUGUCACACUGAUGACGUUUCUGCAUCGGCGCGGCUUCACCUCGCCGCCGCUGCAGCCGAGUCUCUUCACCGACACGGGCAGAGGACUCCAGGCUCUGAAGGCAAUAAAGCCCGGGCAGCUGCUGGUUUCUCUUCCCGAGUCCUGCCUCCUCAUGACCUCCACGGUUCUGGACAGCUACCUGGGAAGUUACAUCAAGAGCUGGAAGCCCCGCCUCUCUCCUCUGUUGGUGCUCUGUGUCUUCCUGGUGUGCGAGCAGCACCGAGGAGAGGCUUCUGAUUGGUUCCCCUACAUCAACAUACUGCCCAGCAAGUACAGCUGCCCCGCCUAUUUCACUGAUGAUGUCAUAAGUGUUUUACCGCUCACGGUGCAGAGGCGGGCCUUACAGCAGAGGGAGGCGGUGCGAGAAAUUCACUCAUCCAAUCAGGAUUUCUUCAGAUCUCUGCAGCCAAUCCUGAGUGAGCCUGUGAAUGAUGUGUUGACCUUUGAAGCUCUGAGGUGGGCGUGGUGCAGCGUCAACACGCGCUCUGUCUUCAUGCCCCGCCCCUCCAGCCAUUUUCUGUCUGGACCAGACGUUUGUGCAUUGGCUCCUUUCUUGGACCUUCUGAACCACCGACCUGACAUGCAGGUAUCAGCCGGGUUCUGUGACACAACAAGGUGCUAUGAAAUCAGGACCGUUUCCGGGAUACGCCGCCACCAGCAGGCCUUCAUUAACUACGGUUCCCAUGACAACCACCGCCUGUUGCUAGAAUAUGGCUUUAUCGCCCCCAGCAAUCCCCACAGCAUGGUCUACGUGGACACAGAUCUCCUCUGUGACGUUUUAAGAGGCGACAGAAGUUUGGAGCAGAAGCUGAAGUUCCUCAGAGAGAAUGACUUCCUGCGUGAUCUCAGCGUGUCGGCUGAUGGACCCGGCUGGAGGCUGAUGACGGCUCUCAGAGUUUUAUCACUGACGCAAACGCAGUAUCCUCAGUGGAAGGCAGUACUGCUCGGUCAAGCGGUGUGUGGCGAGCGCGAGCGUUGGAGCAUCCUGACGGCGGUGACUUUGUGCCAGCGCCUCUUGCAAGACUCUGAGCGAGCGCUGGACACGAUCUCCUGCCUCCUCCAGCGGUGUGACGACACAGUCAGAGCACAGCUGGGCGUGGUCACAUUACUGCGCCAAGAAGAGAAGUGCAUUCUGGGAAGCUGUUUCAAGGCACUCCAGAGCUCGCUAACAAACCCACAUGCCCUGCCAUGAGUCCACCCACCGCACAUCCUGCUUCUUCACAGAUGUGUGGUGGAAAUCGCUUCACUUCCUGCUCCACUGCAGACAGAGGAGCUCUGCAGCAGGUGGUUCAGUCUGCACAGUGGAUCACUGGCACCGGCUGACCCUCUAACAGUGACAAUUACAUCAACACAUCAUGAUGAGCCACGCCCACCCUACAAAGGGUCAGACGGCCCACUAGGCUGAGGAACAGCUUCUCUCCAGAUGCUGCGAGAUGAAUAAACUGCACAGGACUGAAAUUUUCUGCACUGUCCUCUACGUUCAGAUAUUUAUUGUCAGACUUUUUCUUGUUGGUCUUUAUUCCCGUUCUGUUGCUUUUAUUUUAUUACACAGUCAUACUAAUAAACUGUUUCACAGCUGUU